AUGAGUGACUGUGGAAAGGGAGCCUGUUCCUCCAAAUCUGGUAGUGGAAGUUGGGUUCGUCGUCGUGGUCGUCGAGCACGCGGUUUUCCAAAGUAUUGUCAAUGUGGCGAGGAAGUUGUGAUAAAGACAUCGCGGACGGUCAAGAACCCUGGUCGCCUCUUCCACUGCUGUCCAUAUGGAUCUGAAGAAGACAAGUCUCAUCUUUUCAGCUGGACCGAUGAAUGUAUGGUGGAAGAGAUAGAAGAUUUAAAGUCUACGGUUACUGAUGUCAAAGCCGAAAUUUCGGAAAUCAAAUCUGAAUUUCUAAGUUUGGAGAAGCAACUACAACGUCCCCAUGAAAUGAUUCAAUCCGACAUUGAUAGCAAAUGUUGCUGUCUUGUUAUGUAA